GAGGCUGAGGGGGGAGGGCAGAGUUAGUGGGAGGUGGGAGGCCAGCACGGGGCUCCUGCUCUGCCGGGAGGGGAGAAGGAGACGCAGCAGAAGAAGACGAGCGGAGGAGGAGGAAGAGGGAAGAGGAGGCGAUGGCCACGGGAGAUAUCACCACUCUUCCCGCCACACCUGACGACGGUAGCGGCGGCUUCCCGGCGGCCAACUUCAGAGACCCCAAGAGGCUGUACUGCAAGAACGGAGGCUUCUUCCUGCGGAUCGCCUCCGACGGCCUGGACGGCGUCCGCGAGAAGACCAACCCCCACAUCCGGCUGCAGCUCCAGGCCACGUCGGUGGGGGAGGUGGUGAUUAAGGGGCUGGCUGCUAACCGCUACCUGGCCAUGAACCGCGACGGGAGGCUGUUCGGAGCGAGGCGAGCGACGGACGAAUGUUACUUCCUGGAACGCCUGGAGAGCAACAACUACAACACCUACCGCUCCAAGAAGUACCCUGAGAUGUACGUGGCCCUACAGCGCUCCGGACAGUACAAGACUGGCACCAAGACCGGACCCGGCCAGAAGGCCAUCCUGUUCCUCCCCAUGGCGUCCAGGUCCUAGUCCAGACCUAGUCCAGUAAGGCCGGACCAGAACUCUGAUAUUCAUAGGCAACGGGGAGGAGGGAGAGGAACAAUAGAAUCAGGACGAGGUAGCUAGGAGCAGUUCAGAUGAAGGCCCGGUCUUCAGUCCAGCUCCACGUUUAAAGGGAUGGUCCGACUCAGUCCUUUACUGCAGGGGGCUUCAUUAGGUCGGGGCUGGAGAAGAUAGCAGAUCAUUUCUGAAAAUUAGCACGGUUCUCCAGCAGCGAGCGAAGCUAUACUAGGUCUGAGAGGUUAGCGUUUAGAGACAUCUUUAAGAUAUAUUACUAUAUGACUUCAUUCAGGACUGUGGUUGAAGGAAGGAUUCAAGGCUUUGAUUUGUAAUAACAGUCUGUUUUUAUUGUUAAAAACCGUCAAACAGAAAUCAAGGAAAUGAAGGCAGUGGUGACAGAAACGAUAACCAUCUCUGUUCUUAAUUAAUAAUAAUAUCACUCCUCUACUUUAUCCAGUAAGAUGUGUUACAAUGCUAGAACCUCCCCUCCAGUACAGCCUACUCUUUCCUUGUGUCAUCCUUACACUUCUUGUUAUCAUGAUAACCUUUCCCUUAAUGUUUCUUUUCCAUAAAUAAUUCCGUUGCUACAUUUUCAGAAUAAAUUAAAAUACUAAA